UGACGAGUGGACUGAAAGGACUGGAGCCGUCAUGUCGCUGCAGUUCACGGAUGAGGAGUUCCAGAGCGCCUGGAAAGAGCUGGACGAGCCGCAGCUGGACGGAGGAUGGGAGCUCUUCACCGAGACGAUGGGAGUCAAAAUCUACCGACUCUACGAUAAGGAAACUGGACUGUAUGAAUACAAAGUCUUCGGCGUGCUCAGCUCCUGCACUCCAGAGCUGUGUGCAGACGUCUACAUGGACCUGAUGUAUCGCAAACAUUGGGAUGGAUAUGUGAAAGAGCUCUACGAGAAGGACUUUAGUGGACAAUCUGCAAUUUACUGGGAAGUAAAAUACCCAUUCCCUCUUUCCAACAGAGAUUAUGUGUACGUGAGGGAACGGAGAGACCUGGAUGUGAAUGGCAGGAAGAUCUGGGUGAUCCUGGCUAAAAGCUCCCCCGGUACGCCAUGUCCUGAGAAGAGUGGUGUGCUACGGGUCAAAGACUACAAGCAGAGCGUCGCCCUGGAGAGUGACGGGGCCUGUGGAACCAGAGUUUUCAUGAAUUACUUUGACAACCCCGGAGGUAUGAUUCCUACAUGGCUGGUCAACUGGGCAGCAAAGAGCGGGGUUCCAGGUUUCUUAACAGACAUGCAGAAGGCUUGCAGCAACUACAACAACUACUGCCAGAAGAAGUGAAUGCAGCUGAUGCUAAAGGGCUAACAUCAGUUUUUUAAAUUUUCUCUGGGGGAGGAGGUACUUUGGGGAUGUGUGUGGGGGGAUGUGGUACGGUGUGGGCUGCCACUUGUUGUCAUAACUUGCUGUUUACUCAGGCAUGACGUGCAUGACCGGCCGCCCUCAUUAAAAGGCCGGUGUGAAUCCGUUAAUGUUCCGAUCUGCUGUAUUAACCAAAUACUUUGGUGUCUCAUUUAUGCAAUCAUGAGCUCCACUCCCAGCAGGAUUUAGGAGCAGUCAGUUGAAAUUUUUUUUCCAAGUAUUUCUACAGAAUAAGGGGCAUCAAGCCGCCUGUGUUGUACUGAAUUUCAUCACUUUACAUUGUUUUGUUUUUGUUUACUGUUCAGUGAGGUUAUUGCAAUGCAUUUUAAUUGUGGGUUUGAUCACACUGGAAUCUUUUUUUUUUUUGUCUUUUUUGAAUCACUGGAAUUAAUUUAUUUGCACAAUCAUAGCUAAACUUUUAGCGGGUUUCAAUUCUUGACUUAUGCAAAUGUUCAUAAAGUGAAAGAUGCCGUUUUAUCUUAGAUAUUGUAUUGAUCUAGGCCAGGGGUGCCCAAGUUCGGUCCUCGAGAUCUACCAUCCUGCAACUUUUAGAUGCAACCCUUCUCCAACACACUUGAAUCAGAUGUCAUCUGCAUGCCAUUCCGCUUUGCA